AUGAUGUGCCUUUGUACGGUUACGGGAUCGCAGAGGACUCAAACUCUAACCGUAAGUGGUCACGCACCUACGGAAACGGCUGAGGACUACAACAAGGACGCGUUUUAUGAUGAACUCUACGCCCUGAUUUCCAAGAUACCAAGCGAGCAGGUGGCAUUUGUAAGAAUUGAUGAGAAAGCAAAGAUGGGACUUGAACAACAAUUGGAUGUGCUUGGAGACCCCAUGGAGCAAACAUCGGACAACGAAAAAACAGACGUUUGUGAGCAGACGAACUUCAUCAUUGUAUUCACGUUUGAGAGGAGUCAUCGACGCCAUUAG